AUGACUUUGACAAUCAAAUUGAAAUUCCCUUUUACCUACUGGUUUAUAAGCAUCUUAUCAAUAAAAAUCAUACAUUGUGACAUAACUAAAAUCUAUAUUAGGCAUUAAAUAAUUAAAAAAAUCACAUGCCUAUAAAUUAUGUAAUGGCUUUUUGCACCUUUUCCAAAGCAAACAAGCCACACUAUCUGCACUUAAUUGAAACUAAAACCAUUAAUUCGAGUUUCUAACUUAACGACAAGUUAAUUUUGCACAUGAAAAGAUAUUUACACUUUUCC